GGAAUUCAUUGAGCACACCAAGAGACCAGAAUAGGCAAAGCUGCUUUACAUAUCUCUCUAAAUAAUUUUCUUGUACCACUGCGUUUUAAUUUUCUUUUUCUCCCCUAAAAGCAGAUGCCACACAUACUUGUUCACUGUUCAUCUAGGAAGAAAAUCAAAAUUGUCAACAAAAUAUAUUAGGAAGACAGAGCUUCUUGAGGAUUUUCAGACUAUGGCACAGGCUCAGAGGUUGGGGAGGAGAUACAUUAAAGCCUUUUUUAAAGGUUUCUUUGUUGCCGUUCCUGUAACUGUGACUUUUCUGGAUAGAGUUGCCUGUGUCGCAAGGGUGGAAGGAGCAUCAAUGCAGCCUUCUUUGAAUCCUGGGGGAAGACAAGCAUCUGAUGUAGUACUCUUGAACCACUGGAGCAUUAGAAAUUAUGAUGUACAACGUGGGGACAUUGUGUCACUGGUGUCUCCUAGAAAUCCUGAACAGAAGAUCAUUAAACGAGUGAUUGCUCUUGAAGGAGACAUUAUUAAAACCAUUGGAUACAAAAAGAAGUAUGUGAAAGUUCCACACGGUCAUAUUUGGGUGGAAGGAGAUCACCAUGGGCACAGCUUUGACAGCAACGCUUUUGGUCCUGUUUCUCUUGGUCUCCUCCAUGGCCGAGCCACUCACAUUCUCUGGCCCCCACAACGCUGGCAGAAGCUGCAGCCGAUGCUUCCUCCAGAGCGCAAACCGCUCCUCAGGGAGCAGGAGUGACCUGAGCCUUCAGGCAGGAAAGCACUGACAUGAAAUUCAACCAGAAAGAGUUCCAGUGGUCAUACCAUCACCUGUAAGAGCUUUGCCAUGUGCUCUGACAUCAGUGUCAACAAAUACAUGUGACAUCUGAAUGUUACAAUGCCACCAGAAAUUCUUUGUGUUUCAUUGGUUUGCUUGUUCUAUUGUUUGGUGGGUUUUAAAAAUUUCCAACAUUAGGGCAUUGUAUAUUAAUUCAGUUUGAAAUAAUUGGUUGUAAAAACUGAACAUUCAUUUUUUUUUCUGGAAUCAGUAACAUGCUUGGCUUAUGUCUGUACCUGUGCUUCUCUGGACAAGAAACUAUUAAAAACUUCGAUAAACUAUUCUGAUCUUUUAUAUCCACCUUGUUUCUUUUGUAAAUGCAUGGAAAUUAUUAAUAUUGAUUGCAUGUGAAAAAAGAAAAACCCACCCAAAACAUAUAUACUUUGGAUUGUCCUAUCAUUACUAGUAAUGAGGAACCAGUACUUCUGUCAGUGAAAACUUUUAAUGCAGCUUAUUUCUAUUUUUAGUGUGAGUGCAUAUUACUUAUUUCUAUUUUCUUUUUCAGGAUAAAAAUAGUUUGUUUAUAUAAAUAUUCCCUCUUUAUCUUUCUGAAUUAGGUAUUCAGUCAAAUUGUGCAAAUGAUAUUACAUUAUCUGAAGGCAGUGUUUAAUUAUUUUUUUCUAGUAGAGUAAAUCUUCGUUAGUACUGAUUGACACAUUUCUUUGAAACUAUAUAAUUAGAUAAGAAAUAUGUGAUUAAUAUUCUAGUAUAUAGUUAAUAUUAUAAAUAUACUCUGUGAAUAGGCACCAAAGCUGCACACAUUGAAAAGAACUUGGAAAAUUACACAUUUUCAAUGACAAAUCAAUAUGACCCAGCCUUUUUUCAUAUUUAUUGAAUUUUACUUCACAUAGGCUAGUACUAGAAAAAUUUAACAAACCACACAAAAGAUCUUUAAACAUUUUCAACUAAAAACAUGCAGAACUUCAGGCAGAUUAUCAGAACUUCAGGCAAGAUUAAUGUCAGUCUACAGUUCUUCGAACACGCACAUCUGCCUUGUGAGUUAGAUGAUAGCUUCAAUCACUGUAAAAAUUAUCUAUUACUAUCUAACUUCUUAAAUGCUCCAGCUCUUGUAGACUCUCUGAAUACUUUAUGUGUCAGGAUCUUUCUUUGUUCCAAAAAGGUGUUCUACAGGUCUCUGAAGUCUCUUAGUUAAACUAAUGCAGUUUGUUUGGGUGUUAUUGCAGUAAAUUCAAAAUUAUUUAGGGACAGAAGGAGAAUCCAGGGAAAUACAUGCCUGUGAGCCUGCCCUCGUGCUGGGGAAUAUUAUGGAACAGAUUACCUGGAAUGUGAUCACAUGGCCAACCAGGGGGUCAGGCUGAGCCAGCAGAUUUAGGAACAGUAGAUCCUGUUUGACCAACCUGAUCUCAUUUUAUGACAAGGUGACCCUCCUGGUGGAUGAAAAAAUUGUGACAGAAAAAUUGUGGAUAUUGACAUGAACUUCAGUAGAAUCUUUGACACUGUCUCCCACAGCAUUCUCAUGGGCAAGCUGGCAGCCCACAGCUCAGACAAGGGCUCUCUUCUCUGGGUUAAAAACUGUGUCCUUUUGUCAAUAUUUUUCCAUACUUGAUGUUCCCUGAACCAUUCCCAUUUCACUGACUUUGAUCUCCUAAUCACCUCAGAAGUCUUGUGCAGUACUGAAGUGCUCUGCCCUGCACUCCACAGCAAAACCUGUACCCGUGGGCAAGUCUGCCAGGCGACCCAGCCAGCCUCCCUCUGUUCCCUGGCGUUAGCUGUACCCAGUGGGGUGAAACCAGGGGCUCAGUGCUCCUUCAUUGCUGUAAGGUGGGGCUUUCACAGUUUGAUGACUCCUGAAACAGACCCAAAGGAGUUAAAUCGUGGUCUAAUUUGGGUUCCCACAGCUUCCAUUGUUCUCUUGGGCUCCUUUGUCGUUGUGAAGACCAUCUCAUUAUCAUGUAACCUAUGCAGGCUAUGAAAGUUUCAAUGUCCCAGGUAUUCAACUGUGACAUGCCUCAAGGAAUAUUUAUUCAUCUAUAUUUGCAAACAUAUAUUUAUAAAUAUCCAUGCAUUCAUAUGGAUAUGUAUGUAGGAUAUACAUGAUGAAAUGUUGGAAUAGAGAAUAUGCCCAUUAAGUCUGGAGAUGGUUGUAAAGACUGAUGUAACUUUGGAGAAUGGUAUUAGAGCACAGUGAUCUGAAUUUGAUAAUGAUGAGCAGAGAAUCUGGUGCAAUAAUUACCCAUAUACAUGCUGGAUUAUGUUAAAAGAAAAUUUGGAUAUUAAAGUGGAUUGUAGUUGAGCAUGAGGCAACAAUAUGCUGAACAAGGAAAAUGCACACUUUGUAAAGAGCAGUACAAGCUGUAAACACAGCAAACAAUAUUCCUUCUACAUUCAUGUAGGGUGUAAUUUUAGGUGCCAGAUACAAAAAGAAGAGAGGAGAACUGGAAUAUUUAGCAGGACACAAAAAAAAUAGAUAAGAACCAAAAAAAAUUAUCAUCCGUCAGAAAUGUUGGAAGAACUUGGGUUUAUCAUUUAGCCUUCAGAGUCUGAGACAGUCUUCAAAAUGAUGAAAGAUUGCUGUGAAAUGCAAGACAAACAUUGGUUUUCUAAGUUCAUCAUGUGUAGGAGCAGAACUAAUAAACUUACAAUGCAACAUCUAGAUUGUUAGAUUAGACAUAAAGAAAUAUUUUAAUUAUAAAAUAAUAAUGAAAAACUUGAAUAUAUUACUUUCUUAUUGCAAGACUUUAAUUUUUUUUUAUCAGGUCUGUUGGAGGCAGAAGGAUGGAUGAACUAGACCUGAGGUCUACAUCAGCUAUUUUAUUCAUUCUCUGAUUAGGUCUUCUGUACUUGGGAAACUUUGUAGUGCCUUUGAUGCUGGGCAGGCAGUUGCAUCAGUAUCUAAUUCCUUUAGACUGAUAACUGUGAUUCUUUAGAUUAGAUUCUUUAGCCUAACAGUAUUACAGUACUCUUACAUACCAUUUUCCUCUAAUAAGCAUCUAAGGAACCAGUUUCCUGUAAAAGAAGCUAUUUUCUUCAUACUGUCAUCAUAUUAAUGUGCAUGACAUUUUACAUUAUCAUGUAGGUUGAUGAAUAGAAAUAGCUUAAUGAAAUCAUAACAGAUAAUUCACUAUCCAGAGCUUGAAGGGCAAAACUUUCCUUUCAAAGCAGAAAGGACCACAAUUGGCACACAUGAGCACAUAUUUAAAGGUGUUGUUAUUUAAUUGAUACAUUUGGGUUUCAACCUUCAAAUGUGAAGCACAUAAUGAGAAGCCUGUUCUGGAAGUAAUGAAAUCAGUAACAAAAUUCUCAUGGCUAUCAUGAUUAGCAUUCUAAGGCCUCUUCACAGGCCUUCUGGUUUUUGGUGCUGGCUUAUAUCCAUAAUGCAAUAAGGUAUGAUUUGAUGGGAGUUAAAUAAGAAUGAGUACAAGUAAGCAGUAGGAUGACAGGAUAUUUUAAAUCUUGAGUUUUUGUAAUGUUUUAGGCAUCCCAUAAAUACCUUUCUAUAGCCCAAGAGAGGGAGACUAGACUGCCAGACUGCACUUGUAGAGAAAGGAGAGAUGUUGCAAAAAACUCAGGACUUGGUACUCUUAGCAGAGAUGCACAAAUAACCCUGAAAGAGUGACAGAACAAAGCUGUGUAUCUCAGCAGCACAGCCUCAUACAGAAAACCAAAACACUGACUGAGAAAGUGGAAAGCUGGUGUAAGGAAAGAAUGAUCAUCUAAUGAAUCUAAGGAUCUUCAAUUAGGUUGUCAGGAUUUCCCAUGACAAGGGAGCAUCAUAGCAUAGAAGAUGUGCUGAGCUUCACUUCUUCCAUCUAUCCAUCCUUUAGGAUAACAUACCUAGAUGAUGCUACCUGAAUACUGGCAAUCUGUCAUUGCAGGCACAAAGCACUAGCUGUUCAGUUCUGAAGCAAUUGCAAAAUGGAUAAUUUAGUGCAGAACUAUCCAUGGAGAAAAAGGUAAAGCCAGGAAAAUAGAUUACAUUUGAGUAAACAGUUUACAGUGCCUGGAUCCUCAAGUAUUAACACUGAUGAAAUAAAACACCAGACAUUACAAGCACAACUAAGAUAUAUGAACUCAAAGUGCCACAGUAUAGUCAAGUGAUGACAGAUAUGAGCUCUUCCUAUGCAGAAUUUCGUUUACACAUAUCUUUUUCAUUCUUUUAGAUUUGUUUACUAUGCAAAUCAGACAGAGCUCUGAACAAUUCCAGCAUAUUACAAGUAAGCCAGCUGUCAGAAGUGUCUUUCUGUAGUUGUAUUAGUCAUGUUUCUAGCAGCUGAUGAACCUGCAUGCCCUCAUGUGAGUUUGGUUAUCCUUCAGUAUUUUACUAUAAUGUGGAAUAAUUCUCUCACUUUAGAAUAUUUUAAUAUCACUACUAUUAUGAUCAACAGAAUUAUUACUUUCCUCCUUUCCAUGUUGACAUGGUCUAUUUAGCAUCUUAUCCAAGAUUAUAAAAUACAUAGGACAGAUUUGGAAAAAAAUCCCAGAAUUUCCUAGAUCACAGUCUACCUGUUUAUUGUCUGUCAUUUACUGUCAGUCAUUACCUUGCAGAAUUAGUGAAAAAACGUACAAUUUGUGAUAUAAAAUACAAAUCUUAAUGAAUUUAAAAGAUCCGUGAAAAACAAAAUUCUGCCUUGAAAAACAAAAGCCUUCCACAAUUGUAUGGUGAGAGGGAAGGAUGAGUUCUUAGAGCUAAAGUUUCCUGGAGCAUUAUGGACUCAUAGAAUAUGUAAUGUGGGUGUAAUAGUGGCAAAUAUCUUAUGAUAUGUCCUUCCAAAAAUACCCAGUUUCACCCCAAACCAAUGGAUUUGUGCAAAUAGCAUGCAGCAGCCCUUUCUCACCAUCCUGUAGAAGGUACAUUUUUGU